CAGACAGAAUAGGUGUAUGCUUCAUCAAGGUAACAUUUUAAGCAACUAUAUCUGCUGUGAGUCUACCCUGAAGCCCACCUGAAAUGGCUCUGCUGGGGAGAUCAGACUGGCAGGUAAGUUCUCUCCUGAUUUCUGUGUGUAUCAGGGAUUGUUAAUUGUAUCCUCAGAAGAUUAAAGUGAUUUUUAUAGCCUCAGAGUGUACUCUCCAAAGUAAGCAAAGAUGGAUCCCUUAAGAAGCAUAUAUGACACCUUGUAUUUGUUUAGAUAAUGUGGACACUUUGGCUGGGUUUACCAGAGGAGGUUACACCAGGAUGGAUUUAUUGUGCAACAGAUACAAUGAGAUUCUAAGCCCUCGGUUUACAGUUUGUUUUGUUUUAUAAUUUUGUUGUUGUUGUGUUUUUAAUUUAUUGUUUAGUAAAAGAAGCUACAAAUUCUAGCAAACAGAGAAUUGAGCUGCAAAACAGGCCAAAGUAGACAAAAUCUGAAUGAUAACUAUAUCUCCAAAUCAGCUGUAUUCACAGAUACUGUGUUUAUUGAAUAACCCUCAAUUUGGAAUGUUUUUAAUGCUGUUUGUACGAUUAAACAAAGACCAAUAAAAAUAUAAAAAUAAAUAUCAUGCAAGUAGAAGGGAGAUAUUUAUUUAAAUGUACCCUGAACUGUUUGUUAUUAUAUAGGGAUCAUUGUUAAUGUGCUAUUAUUCUGAGAUAUUCUCACCACUAAGCGCAGAGUUUAGCUGCUUUAAGUCUUACUCAUUGCAGAACAAAUCGCCAUAAUUCGCACUUUGUGGCUGGGAUUUUCACCCUUUCAAUUUUGCUUCGUUAGAUCCCCUAAAUCCGUAUUAAUUACUGUAAAGAAUCCUAAUUAAAGGGACCCCAGCUGAGAGAUUCCCAGGGCAUUAAAAAAAAAAAUGAAAUAAAAUAAAAAUCCAAUUAACAUUUUAAUUUGCCUCCAGUCCCUCUUUAAAAUGUGUUUGUGUGUGUGUAUGUGUAUGUGUGUUGGUGUGUGUCUGUGUAUAUAUAUAUAUAUAUAUAUAUAUAUAUAUAUAUAUAUAUAUAUAUAUAUAUAUAUAUAUAUAUAUAUAUAUAUAUAUAUAUAUAUAUAAAAUAAAAUACAUGUAUAUAUAUAUAUAUAUAUAUUAUAAUAAUAAUAAUUAUUAUUUUUAAUGCAAAGCAUUUUGAGGAUUUUUACUUAAAUGUUAGAGAGUAUUAUUGUUAUUAUUUUUUUCAUUGUGGCCAACCGCAAUGUGCGUCAUAUUCACAACUCAGAGACCAGUAUGCGUCAAAUCCCCAUCUCCCCUGAGCCGCAAAACUACACAUGACAUUUAAAAGUUCUGUGUGAAUUCUUCUAAUCCCUCCCUGGAUCUCUCCAAACUUAUCCGGGUAUCAGAAGUACAACAAAAACACAAAAUAUAUAAAUAUAAAUGUUGAUCUUCCCUCCUUACCUGUAACUGGAUCUAUUCAUACUGAGCUCAGCCAAGAUUAUAACCAUCUUUAAUCUACAAGAAAAUGACAUUUAUAUCCUCACAGAUACACAGAAACACAUCCUGCAAACUAUUCAUUCCCCAUGUCUUAAAUAUUAUAAAAUCCUGCAAAUGACACAUGUUACUGUAUUAUACAAUAGUAUUCUGUGCAUGAUAGCUGGGCAUUGUUUAAUGGCCUAUCAUGACCAUUUAAGGCAAUAUAAACCUUUUAAAACACUAUUAACCCUGUAAGGGCAGGGGAGAAUUUGUAAUAUAUUUGAUAUAUAUAUAAAAAAACACACACACAAAAGUGAUACUAGGAUACAAAAAGAGUAUACGUUAUUAAACAUUUUUUAAAAGUAUAUACACAUAUAUAUACACAUUAAAUACACAUAUAUACAUGCAUUCGUGUGUAUUUGUGUAUAAAAUAAUAAAUUAAUAUAUUUUAAAGUAGGCUGAUUACAUGUAUUUGGGGUUUGGAAAAGUAUUUACAAAGUUAGAAAUAUUAAGUAAACUGUAAGGUAAAAUAUAAAAACAAAAAUUUCAAAAUACAUUAAAAUUAACUCCAGUCUACAACGUUCUAACAAGUAAUAUUUUGAGUUACUGCAGCUAAAUUAGUCCUAAUUUCUCCAGGUAUUUUUUUGUACAAAUGAUCGAUCCUCUGUAACUAUUAAAGCAAUCUACAUAUUUAUCACAUGGCAGCAAUGCAGGGUUUUUGUUAUAUUAUAUCCAUAUAGCAGGGCUGGGUCAUACUUUGUUGCUAUUUGCAAACAAGACCAUUUUUGCAAUUUUUAACAAAGAUCAGCUAAAAAAAUAUUGAGAAUAUUGACAAUAUUUUUUUAGCUGAUCUUUGUUAAAAAUUGCAAAAAUUUAUAAACAUGCAAUAAGUGCAAAAUUAAAAACAUGCAAUCUAUAUAAUAAUAUAGAAAUAUUUGUUGGCAAACAUAUAAAAAAGUACAAUGCUAAGAAAAAUACGAAUAAAUAUUACAAUUAAAUACUAAGAAAAAUACUAAUAUUUUAGAGAACAGCUGAAUUUGUAGACUCAAUAAAAUAGGUUAAAAUGUGGUUUUUUUUAAGCAGAAAUGUAAUUUGGGAAGGAUGUAAGGGAAAACACAAUUUAACGCAAUUCAUAGUGCAAUCAAAUAAUAAUGUAAAUAAUAAAUUCUGAAUUAAAACAUGUUAAAUAUAUUUAAAAUUGUAUUACAUGUAUAGAAUGCACAGACAGUUACUGUUUGAAUCUGUAGUGAAAUUAAAUUAGAUAAAAAAAAUAUAUAUUUUUUAAAAAUGCUAAGUAAAAAUAUACAUAGGUCCAGUUACAAUAUUUUAUGAAAAUUCUCUUUUUGAACUUUGUGAAAGAGAUUUUUGUUUUUGAAACUUGUAAAAACAAUGUUAGUGGGUUUAUUUAUUAAACCAUGAAUUGUAUUUUUAUACGAUCUAAAUAACUCUGCCUAAACCUUUGUCCUAGCUGGUCUGAUUGACAGACAUUAAACUUCUUGCAACUGUUUUUUUUUUUUUAAAUAAUAAACUUUUUUUUUUUUUACACACUUUAUUUUCUUAAAAUCUUCCUGGCAAACCCCCAAGAAUUUAAAUGUGGAUUUUGAUGGUUUGUAAUUUUUAUUCUUAUUUUUAAUUUAUUUAUAUUUGAGUCUUAAUGACGCCAAACCCUUUGGGAAUUAGACCCAAACACUUGCUGUUACAAGCAAGUUAGAAAAAAGAAAAAAAAAUCUUGCAUUUCAAAGGGAAUUUUCUGUAGAGGAAAAACAACAGCAAUUUAACAUGCAGCCCCACCAAAAAUGAUAAUAGCGAUUAGAGGCAACUGCCUGACAUUCUCAACUGAUUACAGGGAACACUAAUUCAUUAAAAAGCCUUCUACCCCCACCACCAUCCCCCUCCAAACACAUGGGGUGAAAUAUAUUAUUGCAGGUAAAAAUGAGACUUUGGCACUUUGUGAAUAAAUACAUAAAAUUAAAUAUUUAUUUUCAACAGUCAAUUAAUGAAGAUUUAAACUCUUGGCUACACAGUUACGUUCCCCCCCCCUUGUAACUCUCAUCACCCUCAGCCACCAUAACCUAGAAUGCUGUUUAUUAAAGGUUACAAUAAAGCCAUGUAACCUGUAUAGUCUGUGUGUGGGGAAGUGUUUAGUUGUACGGUUUUAUAACAAGCUGAGAGAAUACAGACAGGGCUUGUGAUCUAAAUAAAGAGGUGAUUGUCAGACCCCGUUUCCCCAACCAAUCCCCUCUGAUAGAUUGUUAUAUAUAAUAUAGAUCAGCCACUAGCACAGGUUCAGCCCUCGACCAUUACUCAAGGAAUUCAUGUGAGCGCCUGCUGAAUGGCUCCAAGCCUUACAAAAAGGGUAAUUGCUACAAUCCCAAUUUUGUGAGCAUUUCUGAUCACUAAGUAACAGUAUACAUAUCUAUCUAUGUAUCUAUCUCUGUAUAUAAAAUGUAGCCAUACUCCCACUAAGUGUGGUAAACCAUAAAAGCAGACAGUUUGUAUGAUAAACAGGAACAGAGCUUUUAAAAUCACAGGCGAUUAAUUGUCCUGGGGUAUUUAGGGGUUCUGUGCCAUGGGUGGAGCAAGUCUAUGAAUUAAUCUUUAUUUUUAUUUAUUAAUGUCAAUGUAUCUGUCAGAAUAAUCUAAAUAAACUGUAACCAUGAUAAUCUCUACUAAGUCAGUAUUCGAAGUAUCAUGUUCAGAGGAGACACCAGUGUAGAGGGCUGGGGGGUGAUUGGCUGAAAAAGCUGGAGUAAACCCCCAAACCGACAUUAACCCUUUAAGUGCCAAACAUGCCUAGUAAGCAUUAACCUAAAGGAACUUUCCCAUAUAUCUGGUCAUUAAGGGGUUAAUCAGGAUGGGGAGGCUUAGUGUUAACCUAGCUAGGGAUUGCAGGGUGUUUAUUAUUUUUUAUGUUGUGUUGUAAGGGGUGGUAUCAUUAUUUUAUGUAUAAUUAUUUGUCUAUUAAGAAAUACAGGUUUAGGGGUGAGCUUCCUUUACCUUGCUGUUUGUCACUUACAAAGCAGUUUUUGGAGAGAUAUACAAUGUAUAAAAAGCAGAUCAGCCAAAGUCCAACCAGCUGUAUGGAUCUGUCAGAUCUAUAUAUUGGGGUCUGGCUGAGAUCUAAUUUAACUUGCCUUUUUGUAAAUGACCCCACUUGGGGCCAGUACUCCCCCAAUUGUCAUUAUUCCUAUAGGAGAUUAAUCUAUAUAAAUGCAAUGUGUGGCUAUUUAGCAUGAGCCAAUGUGGAAAGGAUUCAAUUAGAAUAUUUGUCAAAACCUGAAUUUAAGAAAAAUUAUACAUAAUGUGAUACCUCCCCUCUCCAUCAAUAUAGGGAUUUAUUAUGAAAUGCUGCCUUUUAGUGCCCUGGAAAAAAAUAUUGCAAAAUUCAGGCCAGGUUAGGGGAAAAAAUCGGUAGGUAAGUUUGAAUAUAUCUCGAUUGUUUUAGCCUGAACUCUGCAAUUAUCUGCUAGAUUCCCCACAGUUCCCCAACCCAGGAGAAUAAUCUGAUAACAUACUCAGAAUUCAGUGGACAGAUCCUAAAUGAGGUUCAAGACUAUAGCAGAUCAUUUAAAAUAAAUUAAUCUUGGAUUAAAUAAUAUUAUAAUAUAUUGAUUCUCAUUUUAUAUAUUCCGAAUUAGUAUGACUCGUCCCUUUAACACUGCCAGGGCUAGCGUUGUGUAAAUCUUUAACUUGGCAUUGGUUCUGAAGGGGUUAAUUUAAAAAAAGUCUGAUUUUUCAAUUUUUUUUUUUCCUUUGCUGCUUGGUCACUCAGGAGUGGAAGAGGUUAAUACAUUGCUCAGUGAUGCACGAUUUUCUACCACCACUGUUUUAUUUUGCAUUGGUGUUUAAGGGGUUAACUAAUUUCACCAAAUCAUUUCUGUGAGCAGUUGAAUGCCAUGUGGGAUUGUAGUAAAGCUUUGAAUUGUGAACCCCCAGGCAAAGUUAUCACAAUUAGAUCCUGAUUAUUCAUUGCAUCUCCUGGAAGGGUUAAUCUGUCCUAGAAAGCUAUUUUAGCCCAAUUCCCAUCCAUACAAUGCUCCUGGUAUACAGAUCCCACCCUUGCAGCAUUCUAAUCAGUUAUCACACACAGUUCAUCUUGGCUGGUUAAGUGUAUAUUUCAAUGUAUUAUUAGAUGAUUCUAUAUUUUCUUGCCACAAGGAGUGUGUUCAUCUAAGGAUUUAUUUGGUAAUAACAUAACAAUUAGACAAUGGAUUGCUAGGGCAUCACAAUAUGUCACCAGAGGCUGGGAAAGUCACUCCAAUCUGCAAUGUGAAUCUGUUAACCCUUUAAAGGUGCACUACCAGUGGAUAUUAAUAAUCUAGUGUUCUGUUGGACAUGCUAUCCCAUUGCAUUAAAUCUUCCACCAGUCUGAUCAUUUUUAGGAACAUCCAGGGGGAAUUAACAGAUGUCACAAAUUAAUGUUAAAAUGCAAAAAUGACAAUAAUAACCUGUUUAAACUUAUAUUCUAAUAAAUGGUCUUAAAAUUGCUAGAAUCAUUUAAUUAAGCAGAUAUUAUCAGACACGUUUCACUGUGUUCUCAAAGUCUACCUUCACGAUAUUGCAGAGAAUUCUAACUGAUAAUAAUGUAUCUACAUUGUCUCUCUUAUUACACACUGGUUCUGAAAGCAACACUACUGAGGGGGCGUGGCUUCAGCUCUCAGCCUCUCCUGAUUGGCUGGUUCUGUUCCCCCUAUAUAAUUAACCAUGGCUGCUUUUAAGACCUUCCCUGGGGAGGAGUUAUGACAUCUUACACCAUUAAGUCUGGAUAGAAUUCAUGUGACACAAAUCAGUUGUGUGAGGCUUCAUGCCUGACUGUUGAAGAUUGGGAAACACAGAAAAUUUGGAUUUAUUUUAGGGUUUUUUUUUUUGUUUUUGUUUUUUUUUUACAUUUUUAUAAUUUUUUUUUUUUUGUACCCUUUGGAUAAGGAUUUGAAAAUGCUUUGGAAACUGGCUGAUAAUGUAAAAUAUGAAGAGGAGUGUGAGGUGAGGUGAUCUAAUAGUUUGUGUUUUGGUGUUUGGUACUGAGAAUGGACAUUGUUUGAUUUAACCUCUUCCUUACUGGGUGUUUGGGAGCUCUAACCCUCCAUAGAUUGUGUGCAAAUCUACCCUCCAUGCAUGAUCUGAGAUGUCACCUGUUGGUGUGCUCUGGGUGUAUUCUAAAUUGUAUGUUUACUGGUGUAGUUUAAACACUUUAAUGUUUGUUCUAUGCCUUUAUAUGUUUUGUAUUGCUUUUAAUGAAUCAUGGCCAAAAUAUUAUGAAAUUGACAGUAGAAUUGUGCAUGUUUAUUAAUCAAGUUACUCCACAGAACAGUGAAUUCCUGAAAGAAUUGUUUAAUAACCUGAUUAGUUUGAAAUAAAGUGUGAAAUAGCUGUAGAUGGAAGUCCUGCAGAAUGUAAUAUUUUAUAUACAGUUUAUGUAUAUUUUGGCUAAUGUUAUUCCUCCUUUUAGCAGCUAGUGGGCGCUAGAGACAAGAGGAUCUAAUCCUGGAGAUGGGAUCUCUCAAUCAUGAACUAACAUUAAAUAUAUACAUAUAUAUAUGGAUGCCAAAUGAAUUGUAUUUCUUUAAAAAGUAUCAACAGUGCUGUACAAUGGUUGAAUGAGACUUGGAAGUAAUUGUAUCAAUAAAAUAAAAAAAAUGUCUUUGAUUUAGAGGGACAGUGUGCAGGGGGCCCAGUUUUAUCAAAGCUUACUUAUGCAAGUUUCAUUUUGUCAGUGAUUAUAUAACAAUUUGGCACUUUGAAUUAUCCGUUUGACGUGGACAUGUGACUUUUCCUCUGGGAGAAAAGUGCUAUAUAAAUAAAAAAUAUAUAUAUAUAGCUUUGAAAUUGUAGGGGCCAGAUUAUAUAAAGGAAAGCCUGUUUCUUUAUAAAUCUUAUUUUGUACGUGAAGGAGUUAUCCUCGGUUGUCUUAAGUUUUUUGUUAUAACAUUCUAAGUACAUUCAGAAAAUUCUACUAUUUAUAGGGCACCAACCUAUUCCGCAGCGCUGUACAGAGUGUGAAAUAUGUUACACUUUUUAUUUUUUUUUGUUCUGCUCAUAAGUAGAUCUGUUCUUCCAGGUCGCACACUUUAUUUUUCCUCCUGGACUCGGUAAUUAAUUUUUGUGGAUUUGUCACGGUCUGAGCGGCUACUCACUAUGGCUCCGCUAAAUUAGUCUCAGUCAUUUGAAAUCAAUAGGAGGUAUUUAGCAAGGCGGUAUCGCACUGAUGGACUAUGGAGGGAGGCUUUCUCUUGAUUACCUUGUCCUAUUUUUUUUUUUUUUUUAAAUGACCGUGAAGCUGUAAUCUGUGUAAACUAGUGAUUGGCUUAAUAGAGGCUUCACAUCCCUAAAAUAUUCUGUGCGAUGUUUACACAUGACCUAAAAUGGGUGAAAUCAAUACACACAUUCAAUAAUAUCACUUAUUGAUGACUUCACAAUUCCUCAGUGCUUGAUACAUAGUAACAGAUCUGACAGUACCUGGUUCAAUAUCAAUAUAUAGCUCCAGUUCUGGGAAUUAGAUUGUGUCUAUAGUAGAAUGAGGUGGGACGCUAGUAAAGGUAACAGUAGAUAUGUUGGUUAGAUUAUAUGCAUCCUGGUUGUGGUUGCUUUAGCAGAAUGACUUGCUGUGCUCAUUAAAGAAAAUGAUCACAUGCUUAGAAUAUAUUUUUUGCUUAUAUUGUUAUUUUAAAUAAAACUAUAGGAAUCUUGGUAUGAGGUCUGUGUGUUUCGAACUUGCAAAAAAUUGUGAACAUUGUAAUUGGCAUUUAUUAACCAACAUAUGUCUUUUGUACAGUUAUGAUUGUAACCUAUAUAUAUUUUUCAUUAUUUUUGCUUUUUAGGACCGACAUGAUGGUAGCAGUAAUGGAAACCCAAGAUUACCCCAUCUGUCAGCUGUCAGCCAACACCUGUACAGUCCAGCUCCCCCUUUGUCACACUCGGGGGCUUCAGAUUUCCAGCCCCCCUACUUCCCACCUCCAUAUCAACCUCUAUCCUACUCACAGUCUGCUGACCCUUACUCCCAUAUAGGAGAUCCGUUCGCCUUCAAUCCAAUCCAUCCAUCUCAUGCCCCUCAAAGUCAACAACAGGGAUGGCCAAACAAACCAAAUCAAGACCAAAGUGGAAUCUCACAUCACCACCGACCUGGACUUGUCCACCAUAUCCCUUCAUUGGAUUCUGGAAACUCAAGGUUGGGAAGGGACUCCUAUCGAAGGCCAGAUAUCCUUCUACAGCAUGGUCAUGGGAUGGACUCCUCAAGCCUUGCAGAUAACUUGGGCCUCCCAGAUAUUGGCCAGCAAAUGGAAGAUGUUGUGGUAAUGUCCUCUUCUAACCUUGCUCCUAAUGUCUUCAAGUAGAUAUAAAUUUAUCUUGCAGAAUCCAGAUGUACAAUUUUAUUAGUUAGAUGUUGCAAUAAGUUCCAGCGAUAGAACGAGUUUAGAAUUAAAAUGUUUGGCCUAGCGAUUGUGGAGAUAGCUUGGUCUAUGUUGACCAACUACUAUAAUAAAUUAAAUGUCACUGUUUGAUACACAAAGUAUUCUCAAACUGUAUAGAAUAUCAUGGAUCUUAUUUGUAGAUCACCGUAAGAAAAUACACAAUAUUGCACGUUGCUGAAAUUCUGUUUAGAAUAUCCAUUUGAUAUAAAAACAACUUCUAUAAGUGGUUGAUGUCUAUUAAAUAAACAGUGACUUGACAUUAAAUUUAUUUUUACGUUCUCUUGAUUGAAUCCCUCAAAUCUUUUCUGCGGUUUAAACCUUUUUCCUUAUUUCCCUGCAAGAGGGGUCUAUUUUUGCAAUUUCCGAUAAUUAUCUUGGGGGGAAAAAAAAUUAACUUUUUAUUGUCAAAUUAAGUGAAUGUAUAAAAUACUGAACUGCUUAUCUAUACUUCAAUCAUAUAUGGAAUGACACAUGUGUUAUGUAGGUCAUUAAACUGCAAAAAUUGAUGCAAUUAAAAUCAUUUUUUGCACACAAAUUAAAUUGUCUUUAAAAUAUAUAUAUAUUGAACCUGUCUAAAUGUAAAGGUGCAGGUUAUUUCACCAGACCUACAUUUCUGUAGAUUUCGACUGUAUUUUCUUGAUAAAUCUGGUUUGUAAUAUAUCAUUUUUAAUAUACUAAAUUUGUAUUCUGUUUUUCUUUUAUCCUCCAGAGUUUGGAAGAUCAAAAUUUAAUAAUGCAUGACCAGACAGUCAUUAAAAAAGGUUGGUUCUCAAUGCAUUUUUAUUUUUUUCCUGAAAACAUUUUUCUAUGUUUUUAUAAAAAUAUUAAAGUUAUACUGAUGAUGAAAGAUAGUUUUACAUACUUUGCAAAAUGAUUUAAAGUGGACAAUCUGUUCAAAACUUGUAAAGUAAAUAUUUUAAAUCUGUAUUUUAAAAAAAAAAAUGUAUUUUGUAAAUUAAAAUUCUCUCACGCCAGCCCUAAUUUGUGAAAAAGUGUUUUGUUUUGUUGCAUGUUAAAUUUCUCACAAACUAUACAGGGUUUUUUUGUGAAUUAUUUUCUUCAUAGAGGAGUUUAAAAACUUUUAACCUAUGAGAUUUGAGUAUAAACAGAUCCACUUCUCUAAAUUUUAUUUAUAAACUAUAUUGAUUGCAUGACUGUCAUUUGAAAAUAUUUACUUCUCGCUCAAGUAGAAAGAUGCGCGAGUUAUAUUGGAAUUUUUUUAUAAACAAUCCCAGAUCUUUCGAGCAGAUUAACAUGCUUUGUUUUGAUUUAUGUUUAUCGAGUGCGUUUCAUAGUGUUGAUUAAAGCGUUGCAUGCAUUUCAUUUUGAAUCUUAUAAUAGUUUGACUCGUGAUUUCUUUUAAAACUUUUUUUUUUUUUUAACCUCCCAAAUUUAUGAUCACAAAUUCAAACUUUUUUUUUGAAAGUUUGGAAAUUGCAAUACGUGCGUGUGCAUAGAUAUAUAUGCGUGUUUUUUGUUUUUGUUUUUGUUUUGCGGUGAAGAGAAACGUUUUAUUUUAAGACCAAAAGUAUUGUGUGAAAUCUUUUCUAUUCGGAACUAUUUAAACUGGGUGUGAAUCCCUGCGUGCUGGGAUUUGUAGUAAUUCAACGUAAUGGGGUUGGGAAUUUGCAGGUCAGCCAGAAUAUGCGAUGCACUAUAACCUCGAAUGCCACAUCUGGCCUACAUGUCCCUAAUCAGACCGUAUAUUUGGGUUGGAGGGAUGAUCCUUGCCUGUUAACGUGCCUUAACAUGUUACUUGCCACAUGUGUCUGCAAACCCUUUCAGUUUUGGAUACAUAACCUGUGAUUUGGGAUCUGUAAGGGCUCUUGUCAGGAAUUUGGAAGCGUUCUCGUGUAGACACAAUGCUUAUAUUGUUUCUUCUUCUUAAUAUUUCUUGGUUUGUGAUUGUCCCUUUAAGUUCUUACAAAUAGUGUUAGAGAAAUCUAAUGCUUACAUUUUUAGAACCAAAAACAUUUAGUUAAGUUACAUAACAUUCCCAUCCUAAAAUUAAGUUUUGUCUCCCGGAACUCCGCAAUCUAUAGCUUACAGGAAGCUUUCAUUAAAGUAUCUGUAGGUUUUCCGGUUACAGACCAUGAGCCUCUAUUCUGAUUGGCUAGGUUGUAGAAUGCAUAGUUGGUUUAAAAUACUUUGUUUUUUCCCCUUUACAUUUGAAUGUCUAAUUGGCAAGUGUGUUAAAAUAAUUUUAAGGAAUUGCUAAAUCUUUUAAAUAUCUUUGUAGAAACUAUUAUUCAUACAAGUGAUAAUAAAAGUAACUUUAUUCCCUCACGAGUACAUGAUUCGUAUUCUAUUUUUUUCAUUUAUUUUAUUGUAGUUGUUUUGGGUUUGUUGCGAUUUUCUAUACCUUGUAGCUUAUAGCUUAUUAUUAACUUGUUAGAGCCCAAGACAGAACCCAUUUUGAUUCAUCUUUUUGAAUCAUAUUUGUGUAUGGAGCUUUUUUCAAAUGAUGAUUCACUGUUAGAUCGCUAAAAAUGUGCCACCCACCCCUCCUUGUAAAUGUAAAUGGCGUUCCCAGGCCUUGUUUGGGAUUCCUCUAAUUUCGUGCAUGGUUAACUACAUUAAGGUCUUCUGAUUUUUCAUGUGUAGCUUUAAUGAACAGCUCAUUGGUGACCAUUUUAUCGUUAAAAAAAAAAAAAAAAAAAGCCUUGUCCUAUUUGCCUUUGAUGUGGAAGCCAUUUCUGCAGAAUUGCCUUACCAAUUCCUAAAACAAGCAUGAGUUACCGUAUAAUGUGGGCUAUUGCUGGGUUUUAAUUUUAGAAAAUAUCCAGAAUUUACCUGCCCCGUGCCCACCCACAUCACAGGAGUGGAAGAAAAUAGAUUGUUAGAGUUAAAAUACUUUCUGGAAAGUGGGAUUGAACAAAAAGAAUGGAUAUGUUGUGGUGUCAGUUUCUCAUCCCACCCCCUCUUUUCCCAACCCAUGGAGUAAAGUGAAAUUGUGAAACUAUCAGCUAAGCUAUUGGUUGCUUCACGUUUGGAACUUUAUUUUUAUUGAUAACUACAACAUUUUGGACAUCCUAUCUAAGCCUUUUAUAGUUUUAGAUCAGGGAUAGGCAACCUUCGGCACUCCAGAUGUUGUGAACUGGCAAAGCAUCAUGGGAGUUGUAGUCCAAAACAUCUGGAGUGCCGAACGGGUGCUUAUGUCUCUUCUAGAUCUAUUGGGCACGUAGAACUUCUUUGAGGCUGUUAUGUGAAUUAUGGGUCUCUGGACUACAAAAUAAAAACAAUGCAGCGCAUGGUAUAUGUUUAUUGAUUAGUCGUUAGACAUUCUAUACUGCCACAGUUUAUAUUCAAAUUCAAUGCUUACACUUGCAUCUCUUUGAUUAGGUCCCAUCUCCAUUGGCAAAAACACUCUAAAUAUGCCUUAUCAGAAGGAUGGUCUCCUGGGAAUGGUGAUUAACCCAAAUGAAGUCUUCUGCUCGGUACCUGGACGUCUUUCACUCUUGAGUUCCACCUCAAAAUACAAAGUUACUGUAGCAGAGGUCCAGCGCAGACUCUCUCCUCCUGAAUGCUUGAAUGCAUCCUUACUUGGAGGGGUCCUAAGGAGGUAACCAUUGUAAACCCUUGAUUUGACGCAACUAUCAGAGUAUGAUGUGAAAGAGCCCUCAUCUAUAACUCCAAGUCAUUUGCCAGUCAUAACACAUGCUUAAAUUCUAUAACUUGAAUAUAACUUACGAUUGCCGUAUGUACUUAUCUGUAUUGUUGGACACACUAAAAACACCUUUUGCAUAAAUCUAAUGUUCUGCAAACAGAUGGUUAACAGAAAUGAGUUCUUCUGCUCAGUAAUAUGAGUGUUGGUUUUUCAACCUGAGUGACACUGAAGUCCAGUGAUUAACCGAAGUCUGAUCAUGUUGCGUUAAAUGAAACCCCAAUUCCUAGCAAUGUGCGUUGAAAAUUGUUAGUUCACUUCAGAGCCUCUAAAGAACCUUUCUAUGGGCCAGAAGCCAGUUUUUCUGGGCUCUUCCCUAGAGGAGGAAGUGGGCAAAGUACUCAGGGGCAAUAAAUCUUAUCUUGUACUGGUAGUAGUUCUCUGUCCAUCAUUCCCACCCAUGAUCUAGUACAAUAACGCUUCCUCCUGCUGCCCCACUCCCCCCUUUAUGAAGUGGUUGGGAGUGUUGCAUCCACUUUUGAAAUCUUAUUUCUACAAAUAAUGACUGGUAGCACUUAAAAACAUUAAGUGUAAUUUGUAAAAAAUAUAUUUUUAUUCUCUUUUUUUAAAUAGAGCAAAAUCAAAAAAUGGAGGAAGAUCAUUGCGUGAGAAACUUGAGAAAAUUGGUCUUAACCUUCCAGCUGGGAGACGAAAAGCAGCCAACGUAACUCUACUUACCUCAUUAGUAGAAGGUUAGUUUGUGUGGGUUUCUUUUUUUUUUUUCUCGAAAAGGUAACCUUCUCGUAAUGCAAUAUUGGUGUAGAUUGACUACGUAAGAAAUGAUGGCACAAAUUGGGGCUUGUUCCAUUUUUGGUCUGCUGAGUUAGUCCUAGACUUAUAACUUCCUCUGGUUCUUAGAGCAGAGCAAUCACACAGCUUUACCAUCAGUCAUUUCCUGCAAUCCCACAAAAGUGUGCUGUAUAGAGACAGGCUUUUAAAUGACUGCUGGUCGAUUUAUUUGUAUAAAGAUCUAGAUUUGAUAUGGAAUUAAGGUGUGGGUUUUUUUUUUUUUUUUGUUAAACUUUCCCCCCCCUACAAUAAAUGCCGUUAAUUUUAAAUUUGUAUCUUUUUAUUUGGUUUGGUUUUGCAUUUAACCAACUGAUGGGUUCUGUUCGAUUCAAUUAACAAAAUGUACAUGUACACUGUUAGAAAACAAACAAAAAAACACCCUAUGCGCACAAUUAUAUUUUGUAUUCUUCGCACUUGCCCCUGCCCCACCUAAACUCCCAUUUAGAAAGCUCAUGUCAUUUAUUGCAUUUAGGAAGACAUGGCCAGGCUAGAAAUCUGUCCUUAUGCAACACAAAUUUUGGCCAGAUUCCAAAACUGCUCCUAUCCCGUAACACUCCCUCUUCCAAUAAAUGUUUUUAUUGCACCGAAUGGUGUGCCAAGUGAGAUUUUUUUUUUUUUGAAUUGAAUAUUCAAUAUAAACAUUUUAGAAGUGUAUACCAAGGGAUUAAGGGGGCUGCUUUGAAAAGUAGUUUUGAAAGAGAUCGUUUGCAGAAUAUGCACAAAGGAAGUGGCAAACUCCGAUAUUUAUUCAGAUAACUGAAUAUAUUCUGCAUUUAAAACAAAAAAAAACAAAAAACCCUAAAUAAUAAUUUUUAACUUUAUUAAUUUUCCCUGUAUUCAGGUGAAGCUGUUCAUCUUGCUCGGGAUUUUGGUUACGUAUGUGAAACAGAGUUCCCCUCAAAAGCAGUAGCGGAGUACUUAAACAGGUCGCACAUGGAAAGGAAUGAGAUGGCGAACCGUAAGAACAUGCUUCUUGCAGCAAAGUAAGGAUUUAUACUAAAAUUUGUUUGUAUUUUUAAAAUUCCUUCCUGAGCACCAUAGUGUGUUUUGGUUUUAAAAAAAAUAUAUAGGAGGGGGGAGAGGUGGGUGGGAGAAAAUAAGUGUUUGUUUUUUUUGGGGGGAGGGGGGUGGUUAAUUUUUUUUUUAUUUUAUUGAAAAUCCCUCGCCUGUUGCUGACUUCUGAAGGCUGUGACUUUUUAAGCUUUUAUUUAGUGAAUUGAUAAAAACAAAAAAAAACUCUCAUGUGACUUCUACAAAAGACUUGAAGAUAAACUCUAAUGUACUUGAGUGUCGUAACAAAUUUUUUUUUAAAUGUUCUUGCUAAAGAAGUUCUGCACGUUCAAUAUUAAAUUCCAUUGUUUUUCACCAAUACCACUUCAAAGAGCAUAUUUAACGUAGUACUUGGGGGUAAGGAAUGUGCUGACCCUAUGACUUGAACAAAGCCUAUGACUCGUUCAUCUUGGACUGGUUUUAACGUUACUACUUCCUACCAUAUAAGUCGAGUUUCCCAGAUGCAUUCAUUUGUGGUUCAAGGACAAAUGAGGUUACACUAGCACUAAGAAUGCAAUGGGUCGCCAUUGUUUUAAUUCUUGAAUUAACCCCCUCAGACUUCUCCAAUUUCUAAAAACGUAGGCCACCAGUCAUUCAUUCAUGUGGUUUUAGUGAUUUUAAUAAGGGUACCUCUAAUGUGUUGAUACCUUGAAUCCGAUAUUUCGUUCUGGUCUUGUAAAAAUUCAAACUGCUUCCUGCAGCUGUUGUGAUCUGCACUGAGACGAGUACCUAAUGAAUUUUAAAAUUGGUCAAUGAUGCAAAAAUCUUGAGAUUUGUCAGCACAUAGUCGGAGGGGGGAGAGGUUGUUCUCUAAUCUCUAAUGAGCCUUUUUUUUAUUUUUUUUUUUUUAAACUUGUAAGCCUAAUGAUCUCUUCCCAGCAUAAUUAGUUUGCUGCUUUUUAAUGCGGGAAGGAUAUGUGAGAUCGAAUACAAACAGCCUUCCAGGUUUCCAGUCAUGCAGAAACCAGAAAUCUCUCUGCAUUGUGUGAUGUGUCUUUGUGUACAAGAUCAUUGUUCGUUGUGGCUGUGUAUAAAAUUCAGUGCGUUGCUAAUAUGAAGAAGUAGAAAUCUACACUAGGCAUCAGGAGCUAUUUAAGCAAACGACAUACCCAGUAGCAGUGGGUCAAAGGGCUCACAAUUUAAAAGGUGUGAAAGUUUUUUUUUUUUUACCCAAAGGAGCAUGCAGUCUAAUGAUAUCUUGGUGUCAUAGUACCCCUGGUAUAUUUAUGGCUAUGCCAAUGGUAAUUAUUUUUAAUUUCAUAUUGUAUGGUUUUAGGGCAUACAUUUGGUGUUGGAGCUAUUUUAUGUUUUUUUGUUUUUUUUGUUUUUUGGGGUGGGGGGGAGGGGGGGUUUGGUGGUAGGGAUGUUGAAGAUACACCUGUUGACCAAUACCAGUUUGUGGUUGAGACUAUCCAUGUUUAACUGGAUAUGCCCACCUUCAAAUACUAGAUUGUCUCACUUUUGGCCAAGAAGAAUGUGUGUUUACAGCAAGGGGUAGGCAACAUUCGGCACUCCAGAUGUUGUGGACUACCUCUCCCCUGAUACUUUGCCAGCAUUGUGGCUGUAAGGGCAUUGUGUGUAAUCCAGUCUAAAGAGUCUUGUGUUGGCAGUUGGCUACCCCUGGCUUGCAGCAUGUCUGGUAUCUACAUUAAGUCCUGCAGGACAUAGAAUUCAAGCACAGGCUAUACAGCUCUAAUAAGAGUAUGCUUGACUGAAGCCUUAAUGAACCUGCCCCAUUAUGAAUGCUUAAGGGCUUAAAACGUUUUCCCCCACUUUUCUAGUGUCAUUUAUAUCAGUCUUCUCAAGUGUUUUAAUAAUUUUUACAGUUGUGAUUUUGAUGAAAAAUGACUUAUACAAAUUCUUUUUUUUUUUUUUUCCCUCCAGACAAAUCUGUAAAGAAUUCACAGAUCUCCUGACCCAAGACCGAACACCACUUGGUAACGCGAGACCCAGUCCUAUCUUGGAACCCGGCAUCCAGGGAUGUUUAGCUCACUUUAGCCUAAUUACACAUGGCUUUGGAAGCGCUGCUAUCUGUGCUGCCAUGACAUCUGUCCAAAAUUACUUGAACGAAGCAUUAAAACUUGCAGACAAAAUGUAUAUGAAUGCUGGCGACCAGAGUCCAGGGGAUGGCAAUAAAAAUAUUGACAAGAUGGACAAGCACAGGAAGUGACGUUUUUGGUAAAUUUCAGGACAUCUUUUAUACGUUUUAUUUUACAAGUGGGUUAAUAGAGGUUUGAACAGUUUAUCCCUCCUAAUCCUCAUUUUUGACAUGACGAAGGUGCCAACGGACAUCCGUAACCCUGCUGGCAUACUAUGGGGACAGUGUUGUGUUCUGCACUCCUGGCAUUGCCCUUUCUGUCGUGGAAUAUUCCCUCUUUCCAGAAAAAGAAAAUGGUUCCUCUACUCCUUUCUCCAACCUUUGCCUCCACUGCUCGCACAUUUCAUUGCCAAAUUCUCGACAGGACUUCAAAUCAGUGGUGCAAGCAUUUUCGCAAGGUCUUUGGAAGUAACCAAACUUCUCAGGCAUGCCAAAUGGGCUUGAAACUGUUUAUUUUGAUAUUACCCGUAUGCUUGACCAGAUCUGCAAACAGAUGUUUAGAAAAUGUUUUUUACUUUACUUUAAUUUUAAAAAAAAAUUUUUUUUAACAAAAUUCAAAAAUGUUAAAACCAAUCUAGGCAAUGUGAGAAAAAAUUUCAAAUUUAAAAAAAAAAUUCUUUCUACAGAAAGAGCGAAGACAUUUCACAAGCUGAUCCCCCAAGUAUCAUUUUUUUUUUUUUUUGAUACAAUAGAUUUUUAUAUAUAUAUUUUUUUUUUUACUAGACUGUUAAUGUCCACUAUUUAAACAUGUUCCAUAAUUGCUAUAGUUUCAUUUUAAAUUACCUCUCCACACCCUCAUUAUUAUGUCUAUAAAUGUAUAGAAAUACAGGUACUACUGAAGCUUGUUCUAAGAAAUUGGCAAAGAUCCGAUUAGAAUUAUGUGAAAAACAAAACUUAAAGCCCAGACGUUUUAGUCUAUCAAUGUAUUAAACAAGAAUAUAUAUUGGUGUAAGGGAUGUAAAUGCCUCCUUUCCUCAUCCCCAAUUAAGCCAGAACUUGUUGCACACCUUUUAGGACAACCAUUAGCCAUUUUUACAGGAACACUUAUGUUACAUAGCCUGGGCAAAGAAGGUCCAAAACUUUUUGUAAUUUUUUCAGAUCUUUAAUCUGGCUCCAUAGCAGGACUGUUCAAACACUGGACUUAAAGAUCUUGUUAAACUACAGUCCCAUGAACCUUUUGGCCAAUAUACUGGAUGUUGCUGGAAAAAAUGUCAUGCUAAUUUAAAGUUUGAAUAUCUAGUAGACAAAUGGGGAAUGUGGUGUACUGUAAGGGUGUGCAGUGUUUUUUUUUUUAUUUAAAUUUUAUUUUUAAAUAUUUUUUAAAAUAAAGUUUUAAGUCUAUUUGUUUAGGAAGGUGCUGUUAAAAUGAGCCCUUUCUUAACAAAUGGCAUGUCUUUAAAUUUUUUAUUUUUUUAUUUUUUUUUACCCCCAAGUAGGAAUGGGUAAUGUUUGCUGCCAAAGUCCAUAAAAUAGGCCACUUUGUAGGAUUUAUUCACUAAACAGUGAAUUGUGGUGAAUCGAAUGCUUUUUUUUUUUUACUAAUUUUUUUUUUUUUUUAUAUAUUCAAGCAAAAUAUUCAAGCUUAGACUAUAGUUGAGUGGGAUAAUCUUGCUUAUUCUGCUAUUGUAUUGUCUAUUUGUUUUACCCUUCAAUUCACUUUAAUUCAGUACUUAAUGAAUAAAUUCAUCUAGAGUAUUGGCAUCUUUUCUUUAUUUCUUUGCGAAUUGCCAUGAAUAUUGGUGGUUCCCAGCGCAGUUCUUAAAGCACAAACACAGCCCAGGUUCUUCUGUAUUCCCUUUGAAACAAUACCAGAAAAUGCCUAAAAUCUGGGCUGUUGGUGCUUGAGGACAGGGUUAGGAGUCUAUAGUCUAUAAAAAAUCUGGGUGGAAAUCCUUGUAUUGUGAUUCUCAGAGAGAGGAGAACAUUCUCCAACCAGAUAUGGAAUUACCCACUAAUCAGUCCAACACUUCCUGGCCACCAGUAGCUUACACCUCAUCUGGUGAUUUUUUUCUAGACUUGGUGUGUACCAACUGCACGCACUUGGUGAUUGCCGAGGACCUUGGACCAGAAAGCAGGUUGAAUGUCAUCCUCCUGUUUCUGGCCAAACCAACCAAUUAGAUGAGCCAUAGACUGAUCAGCUCUGGUUCCUGAUGUUAACAAACAUUUUUAUGGACAAUGUGUGUUCCCUGCCCAGAUCAGAGACCCAGGGGCAAGGGUAGACAAUCUUUGACAAUCCAGAUGUUGUGUUCAUCUCCCCUGAUACUUUGCAAGAAAUAUGGCUGAAAGAGGUUUUGGGAAAUGUAGUCCACAACAGCUGGAGUGCUGAUGGUUGCCUAUCUAGAGAGUUUGUUACCUCAUCAACUCCGGGACAAACUGAGUUAAGCUGGUAACUUUUAUAAAGAGAAUUGUGGAACUCUGCUGUAAAAUGCAGUGUAUUGGGAACAGGUUGGCCAAAAAGUGGAUCCCCAGUUAUUGCAGAGCUAAAACAAAUAGUUUUGCGAAAGCUUAUGAUCUUCUUUCUUAUCAGCGCUAAUCCAGGGCAAUAUAAGAAAAUAUUAGUCAGAAGCUGCUAUUGUGGUUUGCCCUCAUUGACAUUUGCCAACUUUUCUGGGGAAAAAAUGGACAAGCUAUGGGUUUUGUAAGUAGUUUAACCCCGAGCCUCCAGCAUAAUUCUUACUGGUCUUACCAAACAAAUUUCAGUUCGGCAACUCUGACCGUAAUUUGUAGUCAACUAGGUUGACUUAUGACUUUAGCCAAUCAGCAUACAGCUUACUCAAAAGCUCUCAUUACUUGUUAUUUUUUAUUUUUUAUUUUUUAAAUUUGGUGCCACCGAGUAAAAGUACUACCAUUGCAUUGAAACUUUCUCAUGGUUAAUUUUUUCUCUAUAAAGGCCAAACUAUAUGAAAUGUUUGUUGCAAAAAACAAACAAACUCUUAACCAUUUGAACCCUGCUGCUAAUUUAACUUUUAAUGUAGGUGCCCCCUGUUUCUGGGCUAAAAGCCUUGUAUGGCUGUUGUAUAAAGAUGGUAUCCAUUGGUUUAUUUUUAUCACUAUAUCUCCCCGUGUUUCCAUUUUCUUAUCUGCUGUAUGGUCCAUGGCCCUGUUUUUUAUGCAAUUUUUUGUUAAAGUGCUGGUUAGGUUUAACCCUGUAAGUACCUUUACACUGGGAUAAGUCGUAUCCAUUUUUAAUUAAAUGCCCAAUGAUCCCAUGAUCUGUAGGAUUUGUUCUGUUAACUUCGCAAUCAGAGGCUUUUCCGUGCCCUUUUGCCCUGAUGGCUAAAUUUGGCGCUUUCUCGUGAAGUACACUUGCCAAGAUGCUCAAUUGGCCGGCGCAGUGGGGGAGGAGGGGGGGAGAAUGCUGUGUUUAUGCCGCAUAAUGUGUUGCCAUUUCCUCUGACCUCAAAGGAGUUAAGGGAAACUAUUUUCUGAAUGUACAUAUUUAUUUAUAUGUAAUUUAAGGGUUUUUGUACAUAUUGGUGAAACUUUUUAAAGCUAAGGUUAUGGGGCAGUUAUAAAUUUUUUUUUUUUUUUUUUUUUUUUUACACAGGUAUAAUUGGGGUAUUUAACAGAUAAUGGCACUAAAGGUUAUACAUUCUGACCUUCACAAAAAGCAAUAUUUGUGUGUAAAUUGCAUGGAAACAGGGUGUGGGAAAAAUGGUCUCUUUUUAACCCCGUGAGUGCCAGAUGAUGGGUACACUUGACAGGGAGUUGCUUCCCCCUGUGGCAUUCAAGGGGUUAAGAUAAAUGAAUGAUGUAACAUGACUUAGUGUUUUUAUUAAAUGUUCUCUUGCAUAUUUGUAAAUUUCCUAAUUUUUGAAAUUGUUGUAUUAUAAGCCUACAAUAAACCUAUUCUCUGCUGACACGGA